AUGGUUGCUGAAAGCAUGGACGAGCUGUUGAGCGUCUUUGCAGACGAAGAGUAUCUCCGAGUGGUGGUUCCUGAUGAAAAGAAAUUCCUCAAACGUGAGACGGCCAUUAUGAUGAUCGGGGAGGAGCAACCCAAGAAGGUGGACGGGAAGGUCAUGGUGGAUAUUGGCAGCUAG